AACCUUCUCGAAUCCAAAAAAACUCCUCCACAAAUGAGCUGAACCAAACUUCCGACAAAAAAUGGGUGUGAUUGGACUAACCGCCGUCGAAGUGCUGGCAUUUUGUCUAGGCCUAGGCCUACUUUUAGCUAUCCUAAUUGUGAUUUGUAAUUGUGUUUCUACGUGCUGCGAAAUGCUCUCACAUCGACGGAAAAAGCGAAACGUCGAGAAGUUGCCCGAGGACUAUGUGGACGAGAUUCACAGGCUUUUGCAUCGCAAUCAAAAAUCGUGUGAUUAUGAUUGUGUCGUUGUUGAGUCAGGCAGGCAGUCGGCCAGCUUAGAGUACAUCUCGGAUCCACGUGUCGACUCUACACCGCUUCCACCACUUCCCGAGCCAAUAGUGAUUCCACGGAAGUCCGCCGAACGAGAUCGGGAGUCGACGAAGAAGAGCUCGCCGAGCAAGAAGGUUCGGAUGGAGAGCGAGGAAACCAUCAACACGAACACAACAAACUCACAAUCCACAAUAAAUGCCUCUGAAAACGGGGAAUACACGGGCGGCGUCCUCGACGGGAAAAGCAAACGAAGAACGUGGGGCCGCUUGAGCAGUUCGCUUUUCGACGCGGUUAUGAUGCCUUCCAUGGACACCACUACCACAGAAGACACCACUGAGACCGCAAACUCGUCCAUCGACAAUCUCCGAAUUGGUAUGAAAAUCGAGACGACUGUGUGAACUGUACCUAUUAUUUUUUGAAAUUGCCCAUAUGCCUCCUCUCUAUCCAUAUUUGUGUACCUAAAUGUUCUCUUGAUUUUGAUUUUGUUUUUUGUUUCUCUCCUUCACCCACCCACCUCACGAGUUGAUCUCACUUAUCUUUGCUUUGUGUAUUUUUUUUUCUAAUUAAUAAUUUUCUUCUGGAAUAAUAACUAUUCGAAUAAAAUAAAAUGAAACAACUUAG